GUCCCGAUCACGAGUUGACACGAAGGACAAGUCAUAAUGCAGUACUCGGCCAGAAACCUUGCGGCCUGUCUCCUGGCCAUCUGUAUUCACGACACGCUCGCCACGCAACCAGCUAUUCCAGUUCAAGACUCCAGUGUGAACAGCGAAACGACUGUUCCCAUUGCGACAUCUGCUCUCGGUGCCAGUGUUGCUCCCGGCACCACAAUCCCGGCAGAGGUUGUGGCCAGCAGCCAGGAAAGCAUUCAGUCUUUGACAUCCAUCGCUACCCCCGCUGCCUCAGAGGCUUCCGCAGGCGAAUUGCGACCUCUUUCAGGCCUUGCUUCGUCGGCGGUGGAUGGGGCAGCUACUCUGGCUAGCACAACCAGUGAGCUUAUCCCUCUUGUCUCACAGAUUUCAACGACUGCCGAAAUCUCUGAGGUGUCUCCGGUUCAGUCCACUGAAGUGACUUCAGCUGCUAUAUCAACCGCUGAGUUGUCGAGCCUUGAAGCCUCAAGCACUGCCGUUGCCGAGGACCCAGCUUCCACAAACUCUGUUGCACUCGAGACAACAACCGAGAACUCAGCUUUCCCAAGCUCUGUUGCACUCGAGACAACAACGACUAAGGCAUUUGCGACCGAGACAGCCGGAACCGAAACAGCUGGUGCGGACACGACAUCGACCACAGCCAGCAACGGAUUCCUCACCUCAGUUAUUACCGAGUCUUCAGCCAGUGCUAGUUCCGCCACCGCAGAUACCUCCAGAGCUGCGAUAACCUCCCGCCCACCCGGCUUCUUCCCCAUCACAAACAGCACUACUCCAGCAGCCAGCGUAGUCGGCGGAGGGAAGCCACACGGAACUGGUGCUGCCCAUCAAUCGCUGGUCACCGGAAUUUCGAAAAGUCCUUCUAGUUCUGGCGGUGUUCAUUUCGGCAAUUCGACACAGACUUCUGGGUUAUCAACUGCAGCUCCAGCCAGCAGAGGCGGUUCAGGUAGUAGCCUCACUACUCUGACCACCGUCUCGGAUGGCAUGACUCAGACGCUGGUGACAGCUAUAACAUCACAAACGUCAGGAGUUGCUCAGAAUGCGUCGACUACCGCGACUACUCGAUCAAAUUCAGGAGCCGGGCGGCCCAUAGAUUUGAUGGGUGGUGCUGCUUUGAUCGCUGGUGCGGGGAGCGUGCUGGGGAUGCUGUUGCUUUGA